UCGAAAUUCUUGCUUGACAAACAAUAAUAACAGUGUUAGUUUCCGCUCAAUAUUUAUUUUAUUUAUUUAACUAAAGUGUUUCCUAAAAGUUUACGAGGGGUGUUGCAAUGGCUCAAGCUGAAGAUACAGAACUCCGAGAUUUAGUGUUAGAAGCUUUGGAAAAGAAUGGAUCGCUAGCUAAAAUACGUGCCUUACUUCGUGCGAAUAUAUUCUUGGCGUUUGAGGAUGAUUGUGAAAAUAUGAAACAAAAUGUGAAUUUGGACAACAUUUUAAAAAUACCAGAAGGUGUGCUGGCUUUGUCGAUUGUUCAUGAGUUUUUAGAGUUUUGUAACCUUAAAAACACGCUGUUUGUGUACAUGUCGGAGUCGCGCCAGGGCACGGAAUACAUGUAUGAAGGCCGAAAUAUUUUGGUUGAUCGACUUCAGUUCUUAAACGGUAAUGAUGAUUCCAAGGAGCCUGUUCUCGUCACGUUCGUGAAAAAUAUCCUUAGACCUCACCAGAGCAAGUACUACGAGCGGGGGGACGCCGGCAAUGCGGGCCAGCACGACUCGCUUACCGCGAAACAACGCAAGGGUGACCAAAACUGCACUUACAUAGUUCAUGAAGACUCCAGUAUGUCAACUAGUAAUUCAACUUCUGACAACUCAUCAGAUGAAAAGAAUAAACUUCACUUGAAAUUACCUCUUGACAAUUCAGAUACAGACACAUCCAGUGACUCUGUGAGGGAGAAAAUGAGCUCAGAGUAUAUUCCCAACCAACACAUACUGUCUCAAGCCAGAAGCAAUGUUGAUAGAUUAACCCUUGACCAGUACUCCUCAACAUACAACCAGCAGAAAGACAACAUUGGAAUGAGUCAACACAAUGACACUCCUCAUAUAAAUGUGCAAAACUGUGAAAUUAAGCCCAAUAUUAAUAACAGCAGUGAGUCCACAUCAUAUGUAGAUAUUAAAUCAUUUAAACCACCAGAUGAGGCAAAUAUAACAAUACCGGUUAUAACACUUGACAAUGUUAAAAAUAGUCCUGUAAGCCCCCAGAACCCAACUCACACAAGUUCUCAACCUGAAAAUAUUAAAGCAAACUCUGAGUCUACAUCAUCAGCAACUAUGAACAGUAUUUCAUCUCUAUCUUUGAAGAACGAAAAAGGAAAGAAAAAUAAAAAAAGCAACUUGCUGACUACUGAUGAUCCCACUAAAUCAGACAAUGAAGUGACAGAAUACAGUUUAGAUUUCUCACUGUCUCAAGUGUCUAGAAACAAGAGCACACCUGAAAGUCAGCUUCAGCUCCCAGACCAGCCGGGUAACCCGUCUCUAAAGGAACAAAACUCACCACUCUUAAGCCCACAUCAGAAUUCUCAAAGUUCUCAGAGUUCUGUGUCCAUAUCUGAUGUAGCUGACCUAAUUGAGUACAGUGACCGAAGUUACUUAUUUGAACACAAUCAAAAUAAAGAUAAUGAGAGUGAAGUUACUCCAUCAAAAGCAAGUAAUAAAUCUAAAAAUGCAAGUGAUCAGAAUUUUGUUCCAAGUGAGGACUCUGGCGAUUUUUCAGAAUCCCCUAUCCCAUCACUUUCAAACUUAAGUCUUGAUAUUCAUAGUGAUUAAUCUAAAUCUAGUCUAAGAACUAGCUGGCUUGCAUUUAGAUCAAAUUAGAUACAUACCUGUACGACGAGUCACUGACAGUGUCAACACUGACAUAUACACUAAUGUCUACUUAAUAUACUUUCUAUACAUCUCAUUUGCACUAAUAUGCCAGUACAAGCUCUCGAGAUGCAUAGAAAGUAAGUUACAUUCACACUAGUGUUUGUCAGGGCCAAAAUGGUGGUAACUGUACUUUAUUAAUGUGGUGGUGCAGCUUAACGCAGCAGUACACAAUGUAACAGAUAUGUUAAUUUUUGAGUAAAACAAAAUAUUUUUGAGAUGUGUAUAAUGUAAUGUCUCAAUCCUUGUUGUUUGUUGAGGGUGCUUGUGGUAUUGAUUAUCUCAAUUGUCAGGUCAUUUCCUUUUGAAACCUAUUUACUCAUAUAAAUUUAAGUAGCUAAUUAAUAAAUCAAAUGUAAGAUGUUAAUCUAAUAUCACUUGAGGAGCCAUUGGUUUGGUAGCCAUAUUACUACUUGGUGCUCUAAAUAUAUUGCAAGAUUUCUGAAAUUUGAGACUAGAUUGCAAGAUUUCUGAAAUGUGAGACUAUGUACAGGUGACGUCAAAGAUAUGUUAACACUUUUGCACCUUACUCCUUCAUAAUAAGGCGAAAAAUGUAGGUAUAUCUUUGACAUCGGACUGUACCAAUAUUUAUUUUCUCAGGUGAUUGUCAAGCUCUUUACUAAGCAUUUUUAAUUUUAAUGUUGAGCCCUUUAAAAUGACUUGCAAACCCUGGAGAUACAAUAUUUUUGGAACACCCAACCCGUGGCAAUUAUUCGAUAAAUCUACAAUUAUUCCUAAUAGUUAUAGUUAUGUAAGUAUGAGGCAGUAGCACACAUACCUAUAAAAAAUACAAUAUGACCACCAACAAUUAGUAACU